GUCGCCGGGUACCCGGACUGGCGGUCGGCCACAUUCGGGGUACCCGCCCUAGGCGGUGGAGCCGCGGAGGUCGGCCGCAGGUCCAUGUGUGAGUCAGUCCGCCGGCAUGCUGCGCUCCUCACGGAAGCAGAAAACAAGAUUAUCUUCCUGUUUCAUGAAGAAGAUGAAAACAGCUGGGUUACUGUUGAGAACAUCUGAAAAAACUCCACAGACCAAUGAGUAGAAUCAAUAAGAAUGUAAUCUUGGCCCUUUUAACACUGACAAGUUCUGCAUUUCUGCUGUUUCAGCUGUACUACUAUAAGCACUGUUUGUCACCAAAGAACGGAACCGGUUCAUCAAAGUCCAAGGGAAACCGAAUUGGAUUUGAUAGCACACAAUGGCGUGCAGUUCAGAAAUUUGUUAUGCUGACGUCCAGCCAAAAUGUGCCAGUGUUCCUUAUUGACCCUUGGAUUCUGGACUUGAUUAAUAAAAACUUGGAACAAGUGAAAAAUACUUCUCAAAGCUCCGCUUCAGACUGCAGGUUUUUCUGUGUUCCAAGAGACUUUACGGCAUUUGCACUGCAGUAUCACCUGUGGAAGAGUGAGGAUGGCUGGUUUCAGAUAGCUGAGAAUAUGGGGUUUCAGUGCUUAAAGACUGAAAGCAAAGAUCCUCGGCUAGAUGGAAUCGACUCACUUUCUGGAACUGAAAUCCCUCUGCACUAUGUCUGUAAGCUGGCCACUCACGCCAUCCACUUGGUGUUCUUUCAUGAGAGGAGCGGCAACUACCUCUGGCAUGGUCACCUGCGGCUCCAAGGACACAUGGACAGAAAGUUUGUUCCUUUUCGAAAGUUACAGUUCGGUCGUUAUCCUGGAGCUUUUGACAGGCCAGAGUUACAGCAAGUUACUGUAGAUGGACUAGAUGUGCUUAUUCCAAAAGACCCAGGACACUUUCUAGAAGAAGUACCACACUCCAGAUUUAUCGAGUGCAGGUAUAAAGAAGCUCGGGCAUUCUUUCAGCAGUACCUUGAGGAUAACACUGUGGAUGCUAUGGCCUUUCGGAAGAGGGCAAAGGAAUUACUGCAACUAGCCGCCAAAACAUUACAGGAAUUGGGAGUGCCCUUCUGGCUGAGCAGUGGAACUUGUCUAGGAUGGUAUCGGCAGUGCAGUAUUAUUCCUUAUAGCAAAGAUGUCGACCUAGGAAUUUUUAUACAAGAUUACAAACCUGAUAUUAUUUUGGCAUUUCAGAAUGCUGGACUUCCACUAAAACACAAGUUUGGGAAGGUGGAAGACAGCUUGGAACUAUCCUUCCAGGGAAAAGAUGAUGUAAAACUUGACAUUUUUUUCUUCUAUGAAGAGACUGACCAUAUGUGGAAUGGAGGCACGCAGGCCAAAACAGGAAAAAAGUUUAAGUACCUGUUUCCCAAGUUCACACUGUGCUGGACCGAGUUUGUAGACAUGAAAGUCCAUGUGCCCUGUGAAACAGUUGACUACAUUGAAGCCAACUAUGGUAAGACCUGGACGAUUCCUGUCAAGACAUGGGACUGGAAGAGCUCGCCCCCAAAUGUGCAGCCCAAUGGGGUCUGGCCUAUUUCUGAGUGGGAUGAGGUUAUCCAGCUGUACUGAGAAUACAAAGUUAUGGAGGGACAUUUCCCAAAAAGAAGGCGGGUAACUGUUUAAAAUGUGUGAGAGCCAAAGAAGAUAAGUGAGAGUUUGAAGACAUAAAUGUUCUAACUCGUGGGCCAUCUAAUCAGCUCCGCCAUUCAGCAUUCUCUGAGGUGUUUAUACACCAGGUAAAACACUAGGUUCUGGUGGUCAGGCAGAGAUGAAUGAGCAAAUGCCUGCCUCUCGCUUGUCAUGUCCAAUUUUCUGUUAAGGGAGUCUCCCCCACCUUCUGAAGAGCUGAUGUGCAUUGCGAUGUAUUCCAUGAUUCUUAAAACAUUAAAUAAUGUUUAUACUGGAAAGUGAGCUCAUCAGACAAAGCUAAGGAAGGGUACAUUCAUUAGGAAUAAUUCCUUCCUGCCAGUCCUCAGGACUUAAGCUACUGUGUUAGUGCCCCUUUAAGAUUGUGGAAUAUGAGUUAGUAUUUUAUGAGUGAUUAGACUUUGUGUCACACAGAGAAAGACAGUGGCAGACUCAUUUUACAAGCAAUGUGAUCCACAGUUGACUUAAAGCACAGGGCGAUUUAUAAAGGAAGAUGAGAGCCCAUUUCAAGUCUUGUCAAGAUGUAUCCUCUUUUCUUCAUAUUUGAAGUGAGAAGUUGAUGCCUAUGUGAUGCUUAAAUGUCUGACAUCAUAGGAACAUUGUCACUGACCUGCAGUGUUACUUGAUAAGUCACUCAGUCAUGCUGCCCAAAAGUUGUGAUUUCACAGAGCUUACUUUGCUCAUUUCAUUCUCAAUCGCUGUUAGACUUAAAAAUAGGAGUUAUUCAUGGAUAGUUUUCUAUGUUCUGAACUUAUAACUCUUCUACCCUUAAUUUGAAUUUUGACACUAAAUACUAGUAGAUAUACCUCUGAGUUUUCUAAUAUACCCUUUAUUUAUGUAUGAACUGUAGCUCCAUUUCUUUAAUCGAUAGCCUACACUCUUAAUUGAUUUAGCAUAAAGAUAAGACUGUUGUUCUAUCCAAAAUUACUUCAGGUUUCCAUAAUGAGAGUAAAUGUGAACUUGAUAACUCUUCCUCAUUCCAAAUCACUGCUUAAAACCUUUGUUCAUCUCUAGAUUUUCUUUCUGCUGAGUGUAGUAGUGCAAGGACUCAGACUUCCCUACUACCAAGUACUACACAUGCUGGACCCCUUGACCUCCUUUUUCUUCUCAAAAUACACUCGUGAGUAGGCUGGGCUAGCUGCACCCAUCUCUGUACCUGUACUUAAGUGAUGUGCUCUAAGUGAGAUAUGCAGGGCAGUCUGACACAGUUAAUGCUGCCUGGGAGAGGAGGUUCUCUACUCUCUGCUGCUUAGGGAUGCUUUCCCUGGCAGCUUGGCAGAUUUCCCUGUGGAACUAUAGUUACUAAAAUGGAAACCAGAAUAUCUGAGGGAAUGGGCUGGCAGAAAUUAAAAAAACAAAACCAAACCAAAAACAACCUUGGGGGACGUUACUUAAA